AUGGAGUCUAUGGAGUCGUCGCCGUUGCGCUCGCACCGCGAGUCAGUGAUAGUAAAUGCAGAAGAGCUAGUAGAUCCUCUGGAGAUGCGUGUCUUUCAGUUGUCGCAGGAGCUCACACAGACGGACGUUGCACUUUCAGAUGACGAGGUUAUUACAAAGCUCAAUAUGAUUGCUGAAACAAUUGAAGAGGUUGAAACUAAAUUUCGCAAGGAGCGGUCGUCGCCCUAUCGUCGCGACGGUCACUUAAUUGGUAAUCUAUUGCAAGAACUCGAACGAAAUAAGAGUUUUUAUCCAAUGCUAGAAGAGAAACUAUCGGAUCUGAGUACAAACCGUGUUAAAGCAGCGACAUGUCGACUGUUAUUGGCUACAGUGCCAGUAAAUAGCCGAGCAAUUGUACAGAUGUUGGACGUUGACGAAGAAAUGUUGGAGCGAGUUUGUGGACUUGCGACAGAUACCGAUCCAGGAUUACGAUGUUAUGCGACAGGGCUGUUGUCGGUAGGGUUGCGAGACCGAUCGAUUGCGGAUACUGUCGUAAAUAAUGAGACGCCUGUAAAAUUACUCAAGAGAGCGCGAAUGUAUGCGUCCAAGUUGGAAAAGGAACGACAGCAGGCGGUUAAAUAUAUACAGGACCAUCUUUCUCUUGCAACUUCUCGCCACAAAAAAGCAGCCAGUAAUGGGGCGAUGAAGGUGACAGCCCCACAACGAUUUUCCAAGCGUAAACAUUCGGAUAUAAGCAACACGGCUACUUAUGGAAAUGACUACACUGAGAAUGAUGAUGCUGACUCAGGUAUCGAAGCAGAUGAAGACGAGCCGGCUGCCACGAUUCCCAGUCAGCCGUUUGUAAACAAUGAAGACGAUAGUAUGGAAAAUUGUGACGAAGAUGGAUCGAUUGUAGUGCCAAGUCCUGCACAUCAUGAAGAGGAUUUCAAGCGUUUGGUAAUGCUGGAGCUAUUGUAUACUCUAGAUUGCUUGGGGUCGAUGGGUGAGUACGUGGAGAUAUUUGCACCAGCACUGAAAGAAGAUAUCAUUACAACGAUCAUCACUUUCCUACAUAGCAAGAAUCCUGCCGUGCUAUCCCAUACAAUGACACUGACGUCACAUUUUCUUGCCCACAAGAAGUUCUCUUUCUCACUUGUUGAGGCAGGAGGAGCAGAUCUGCUGUUCACUGUAUUUAGACUGCAGCAGGCAGCUGGUCAAGUGGGUUUACUAGACCGAAGCUCGUCGAUGUGUCUUCAUGGAUUCGCUUCUUCAUUGGCAGUCAUUGAACGACUUGUUGUGGUGAAUGCAGAUAAUAUGUUAUCGGCAGCAUUUGCACUACUUUCUAGCCCCAAUGACCGUGCAAGGCAGAAUGCUGUGGUCUUCUUCAGUCUGACCCUGGGUUUCAAGGCAAUUCUUGACUACUUUGAAAAGCACAACGGCUUGUACACUGUGCUCAGUAUUAUUCGGGUUGGCAACCAUCCAAAGUCCUCGGCACAAAGGCAACUUGCACAAGAUGCGUGUUUGUGUUUGCGUCAAUAUGUACGCAUGCAGAUGGCCUUGGUGACGCAUCGGCUCAGGAGAAAGCUGGCUCAGUUGAACCAUCCAUCGAACAGAGUGUCCAACGCCGUGCCUGCGUUAACGGCGGCGACUGCAGCAUCGCGUAUCCCAGCACGAGUCCCAAAAAUUACGUGGUCAAAAGCAAUUGAUCUCGACGACAAAACUCACGAUGCAAAUAUGGUAUUUUACGAAAAGUAUCGUUUCAGUGCUACCAGUGGCAACUCCAGCAACUCGUGGUCUGCAGCUACUGGUCCAGGCGAUGGGAUGUGGCCUCCAGCGGCAAAGUUGAGUCAUUUGCGAGGUAUUCUCGUGCUUCUAGAGGUUGUAGCUAUGAUGUGCUUAGUGAUGCACAGCACGGACUCCGAUGCAAACUCCACCACUAUUCGGAUAUGGACUGCAGAACGCGCACAGUUCUGCUUGGACUCGCUUCGGGUGUUGACGCUCGUGGUUCCAUCUUUGGCUAUCGAAGUGUGCUCAACAGAAGUAUUGCUCGAUGGAGGAAGCGCGUUAAAACAGCUAGGAAUGACCAUCCUGCUGGACAUUGCGAUGAGCAACAAUCCUAGAGACUCUGAGCUGGUACGCGAUGCGCUACGAGUGUUUUGCAACUGCGUAUCACCACCUCACCACGAAGAUUGUUGGCAGCAUCCUUACAAGGACAUUCGGCAGUAUACCCUGACAGCUCGAAGUAUGCGAACAAAGAAAGAUGAUCAGUUGCAGCGCUCAAGCUUUGACACAGAAGAUCAGGCAUCGAGCACAAUUACGCCCAACAACUGCUCAAACUGCUGUCCUAAGGCUAAGGACGAUAAAAUGCUGAGACCUGUACGAAAGUUGGCGCGUGAGCGGAAUGCAAUUAAAGUGUGUGUGUACCUGCUUCGUUACAAGCGCUCUGUUCAAAACGCAGAUGCUAUUCGAUUAUUGUCAACUCGUGCUUUGUUAGGACUAUCUCGCGACCGACAUAUUUCCCAGAUUCUCGAGAAAAUGCAAGUCGGACAGCUACUGUCAGAUAUGAUUCGAAGUGAUCCAGUCCUGGAGGAAAAUGCUGAUAUUCAUGUACGUUUUCGAGAGUCUGCUCUGGACUUGAUUUCUCACGUAACGCAUCGAGCUUCCAACGUGGUAAUCAACGAGGCAACGGAUCCUACGGUGCGAAAGAUCGAGAAAGCAAGUAUAGUUGCGAAUACCAAAAUUUCUUACAACGAAGAUGAGCUUCUACGGCUGAUUUAUGAGCAUUUAGUUACGAAAGGUUUACAUCAUGCUGCAUCAGCACUUGUGGAUGAAACGAAGAUCCCUGUUGAAAGAGCAAGAAAAGUAUCAGUUGUUGCAGAGGCACAGCCUCCUCGGCCUGAUGGAACUGUGGUUAAUGGGGGAUCACUUUCUUUUAAUCCAAAGGGGUCAAUAUUAGUUAAGAGGCAGGCAGAUGUUGACUACGACGUUCAGUCCACUGUGCUGAGUCGACGUGAGAGCGGGUAUCUAAGUGAUACACCACGACCCAAGAAAUUGCAGCGAGUUUUAUCUUCAGGGUCGAUUGUGCCCGAGCUGAAAAAUGUUCAUGUUGCGGGUUCGACACAACACCCUCUCAAAAUCUUUCGACCAGCGGACGGACAAGCCAAGUCCUCCAAGCCAGCCGCUCCGUACAGUCAAUUGAAAAAUAGGAUACGGCAGGCAUUCCACAGACCGCACAUUUUUCAAGAUAUUGCUUCAACCGAGUCGGUGAUGUCUCCAAGAGUCGUGACGGAGACAGCUAGCCCCGAUGCUUUGCAAAAGCUUCCGAUAAAUACGCGAUGGAGCUCGAAUGGUGAAGCCGUGUUUACGUCUGCAACAAGCAAGUUGGAUGAGAUUGUUACGCAUUACUUGAGAGAGCAGCACCGCCAGUGUGCUAACCCUGUUACGACGGUACCACCGUUUAGGCUAUUGGGCGAAGGAGCACCGCAUCGCUGUUCCGAUCCGCCCACAGCUGUAUUAUCAAACUCAAAUGUUUGUUGUAGAUUAUUGCGGCGUAGUCGGACGGGGUAUCGAUUUGGGCUGUCGGCAUUUUCGUCAUAUUAUGCUGAUGCUGGAAUUGAUCGCUACGUGUUUAGCCGCUACCGGCCAUAUCGUACUGUAGGAGCACACAUUGGGGCGUUUGCAUGGGAUGGAGUCAGCAUCGCUCGAUUUUUUGGCCAAGAUCAGGAAAAUAUGUUGAUUGGCAAUCACGGUGGAGAGUUGCGCCAAUUUAGUAUCGAGUCUGACGAAGUCGUGGAAGAAUGGACUUGCCAUUCGGCAUCAAGUGCUAUUGUCGAUUUGGAAACCAACGAACUGACGUCUAUGGGUACUCAAAGCCAACUUAUUAUAACAGGCGCUGUGGCUCUAUCGGAGCUUGCCGUGAACGAAAUUGCCCUCUGGGAUUUAAAUGGCAGAAAUGAGCUUGUAGAGCGAUGGCGUUUCAAGGGUGGUCUACGUCCUCAAUUUAAUCAUUACGGAGACCGCAUUGUUGCACUUGACGCGCGCUCUAAUGAAGAAGAAACUGGAUUAGGAGGGCCAGGUUGUACCGUCAAUAGUGCUGUUGUUCUGGAUAUUGCUACAGGAAACGUGUUGUGUAAUUUACAGGAUGCAAUGCGCUCCAAUGGUUAUGGUGUAGAAACCAAUUGUUGUUUCUCGCCCUGUGAUGGCACUAUUCUUACGGAUGGCAUGUUGUGGGAUGCUCGUAUCCCAACACGCGGGUUGUACAAGUUCGAUAAGUUGUCCAACGUUGGUUGUGGAUUUUUUCACCCAAAUGGCAACGAAGUGAUCGUCAACUCGGCCGUGUGGGAUCUGCGUACAUAUCGGCUGUUACGAAUGGUGCCUGCGUUGGACAAGUGCAGCAUUAAGUUUAUUCCUUCUGGUAGCGUGCUGUUUGCCUAUUAUCCAUACGCUGGGGGAGAUUACUUGGAACGCAGGAAGGCCAAGCUCAAGUCGUGGUUCCGUGUGCUGGACGGGCGGGACUACCGCGACAUUACAACUAUUGAUCUUUGCCGUCCUGUCUUUGAUCUCAGCCUGAAUACCAAGAGCACGGUGCUAUCUGUUGUGGAAGGACGGUAUUUGGAUGCUGGUGACGUGGAUGACAAUGAUUCCAUUUGUCGUCUUUACGACAUCGGCCGAAAGCGUCCUGCUGAAGAUGACUCCGAUGCAGAAGAUGGUGACGAUGACUCGGACACAAUAGACGAUGACGAGUACGACGAGGAGAAUUCUAGUCACGAAGAUGAUGACAUCGGCGAGGAUGAUGAUACAGAAGACGAGGACGAGGAGACUUUUGGUUCCGACUCGGAAGGUGCUGGGAGCUCCGAGGAAGAGGACGAAGCCAAAGAGAGUGACGAAGACGCGGCGCACAUUCUUGCCAUUGACGAUGAAGAGGACAACGGGUCGAUUUUGUCUACUCAUGAUCUCGGGUAUUUAUUAGAACUUCCUGAUACUGCGUUUUACGAUGUUCAUGGUCAAUAUUCGAGCGAUGAAGACGACGCUGAAGAAGACGAGUAG